UUGGGGCUGUGAGGAGGAGGCGGCGGCGGGAUCCCCCCUCCCGGGGUCUCUAUCCCGGGGCUUUUCCAGCGGGGUUCCCGCCGGCCACCCUCCUCCGCCCACCUGCCGGGGUGCCCGAAGCCGCUUUUCUCCACCCACAGAGAGCCUGGCGCUCCGCAGGGGCACGAUGAGCUCAGCGGGCCGCGCUGCGGGGAUCCCGCGCUCCACAAGGCAGUCAACCCCCCGUGCCUCAUCCAGAUCUGAGUCCCAGCUUCCAAGCCGGUUUCCAAGUCGGGAGGACUUUACUCCUCUCCCCUCAGUCAGUGAGCGCCUGAGUCAUCUUAGCCCCUCCCAUGAGCUCCUGGACUAUUACCGCAAGAAGGUUGCUGAUUUCGAUGCGGAGCAUGAGGAGUUGGUGAAAAGGCUGGAGAAAUACAAGCAAGCCUAUGAUGAGCAGCACCGGUUGCAGUGGGAAGUGCGCCACUUGGAAGAGGAGAUUUCAGAGCUGCAGAAGGCUUUGAGUGAUAUGCAGGUGUUCCUCUUCCAGGAGAAGGAGCAAGUGCUUCGCCUGUACUCAGAGAAUGACCGGCUGAAACUCAGGGAAAUGGAGGACAGAAAAAAAAUCCAGCAACUCCUGGCUGCACUGGGAAGAGAUGAAGGAGAAGUUACAUAUUUCCAUAAGGAGCCUCCACAUAAGGUUACUGUUCUGCAAAGGCCAGCAGAGACCCAGGAACAAGAUGAUGUUUCUAGUACAGUAGGUAUGGGGAAAAGCACUCUAAAACCACCAGCAAAAGGAGAGAAACCAGAAAGUCCUGAGAGAUAUCAAAAAGAUCAGGAAACACUUCUACUACAGGUGAAGGCCCUGCAAGCUCAGAUGGAAGAACAGACCCGACUAGCCAAGGAACAGGUUGAGGCACUGCUCGAGGACAGGCGCAUUCAGAUGGAGGAAGCUGAGGUCCGGCAUCAGAGGGACCAGGACAAGAUCCAAACCAUAACAGAAAGGCUACAUAAGACCCAAAGCCUCUUAUAUGAGAGUACCCGGGACUUUCUCCACCUCAAGUUUAGUGCCAGAGCCAAUGAGAAAGCAUGGAUGGCAGAGAAGGACAGUCUGUUGAGGAAACUUGGCAAAGACCUGGAUCAUCUUGUUUUGAGCACAGAUUCAGGAAAAAAGAAGCAGAGAGAGCCAAAGAAGAUGAUGCAAGAAAAUGAUGGAACUUCAAAAUGCAACAGCAAAGAAAUAAAGGUACUGCAAGACAAGCUAAUGCAGGAAAAACACCUGUCACACAUGUACAGAGAGCAAUGUAUCUCCCUGGAAGGGGAGGUGGCUAGGGUCCGUGAGGAGCGAGAUGCUGGCAAAGAACUCUUUAAGGAACGCUCAGAAAAGAUGGAGAAGCGCCUGAAACUGAUGACUCAGCGAUAUGAAGCCUUGGAAAAACGUCGUAGUAUGGAAGUAGAGGGCUUCAAGAAUGACAUUAAACAGCUUCAGCAGAAACUGAAAGGUGUAGAGAAGCAUAUUCAUAAGGUGGCUUUGAAUUUGGGACCAGACCAGGAUCUUGCAAUUCUACAUGAAGUCCGCCAAGGAAACAAACUAACACGUAAAAUUCAAGGAGAACUAAAAGACUUAAAAGCAAAAAUCUACAUCUUAGAGGAUGAACUACGGCACUGCUGAAGCUCAAUUAUUAGCUGGCAUCCUAAUUUUAGGACUAGAACAUUGCUGGACUUGAAUAGUCUUAUGCAAGAACACCUCCUGCUUGUUUGUUUCCUGGCAUCCAUUGACAGAAGACUGAGGAAAUCUGCAGUUAAUAAGUGUAUAUGAGCCAUUCCUAGUGCACCAGAUUAUAUUGCUUUUUGAGCUGAGAGAUGGCACCUGAUAAAACUGACUUUAAAAGUACAUGAUGACUGAUAUAUCAGGAGUGUGUGUAUGACUAUAUCUUGAUAUUUGUGGUAGGGAUCAGUGUAUACUGUCCUUUCCCUUUAUUUGGUGCAUAUUACAAAUCACAUUCAUGGUUAGAAUGAAAUUAUUACUCGUAGAAGGAUCUAGUUGAAGAUCUUAAUUUUGGCUGACAUUUUCUUAUGUGAGAAGCAGCUUUUAAAAUAGCUUAUAUGAUUACAGUUUUGGUGCUUAGCAGCACCUCAGGAUAUAACUGGAAAUUCUCAUACAGAAAGUCUCUACUUAAGUGUCUUACAUUUGACUCCUGGACAGGAUAACUAUUUUAAAAUGGUUCCAUUUGCUUGGUUUUAACCUAAUUGGAACAAACCUUAAUGAUUUAAUAUGGUGGGAAAAGAUAACCCAUUACAGAACUCUUUUGCAAGGAUGAGCAACAUUUACAUGAGUUCUGGAUGCUUGGUGGGAAGGGAGGUACUACACAACUGAAACUCCUCUUCCCCUUCCUCACAGUUGUUUUAACCCACAGAGGAAGCCCAUAAUAAAGAGGAUCUCGUAUCUUUGUUAACCACCAUAUUAUCUGUCUUUGCAACUCUAAACAAGAUCUUGGUUAUGUGCAGAGAAAUCAUGGUUAGCUUUUGCUACAGCAGUUGUUGCUACUGAACUGUAACAAACUGGGGUGGAGGAGCAGGUUCCCAGUUGUUCCAUGACAGCCCUAAGUAUAGCUAUAUAAUGAUUCUGCAGCCUUAUGAUGAUUAUCUUCAUACCAGACAUCACAAUUCUAGAAAACAGAUGAAAUCAUUACAAGGGUUACAAUAUGGCUUCAGGUGAGUUUAUAAUUGCAGAUAUUCAUACUUUUACUGUAGCAUCAGCAAAUCUUGUCCACUUUGCAGCUGAGAGCAGAUCUGUAGUGGAGAAGGGUUUUCAAUGCUUCUGUCUGAUACUUUACCUUUCUCUACCUUGUUUCUGUAGUAUACACUAUAUAGGCUGCUAACAUUUCCUUUGUCUUUGAGAAGAACUUGGUUUGUGAAAGCAGGCAAUUUGUUUUGGAUGUGGAAGUGGCCCUGCAGAUCCUCAUUUAGUUUUUCAUAGGUAGGUAUAGACAAGAUGGUUGUUAAUGUGCUGUAAAUGUUUGGAGAAGGAAGAAUUGUUUUUAUAGCAUCAGCUACAUCAAUGCAGGGGGGGAAAUGCUCUUAAGACAUCCAUACCCACUUGAGUUGUGACGACCUUCCUUUCCCCUAUGGUUCUGUACUGUGGCUUUUAUUCUGUCUGUGUUCUUGAGGACAGUUCAUCAGACUUCAGUGUGAGUGAGUGGAAGUCUGUCCCUGGGUGCUCUACUACACUUGCAGCUUGCAAGGGGCUGUUUUAAAGGAUGUUGCACUGAUCAGUUGAGCUGAUAAUACUGAACUGUUAAGAAACUUGUUCAUGAACAACUCGGGUGCCAAUGAGAUGUGGACAGUUAAGGAAGGGUAUUUAAUGCUAUCCAUCAUUUACUCUCACUCUUUCCUAGCUGGCUGGUACUUUCUUAGAGAAAUCAAACUAAUUAAAGUAAGCUUCUAUCUGAAAUAACGUACUACUGGCUUGAGGAGAAGAUAGCAAUCCUAAGUGGCCUAGAGCCUAAGUGGCUGCUUCUGAAAAUUGCUACAUAGUGAAGCCUGAGCUAUUCAUUCAGCAGGAUCCAUCUACUUCAGUUCAGCUGAUGGGAGCCUAGCCAAAAGGUCUCUUGAACCUAUAAAAUCCUGUUUAUUUUCAGCUGUUCCAAGCAAAAGAAUUGCUUGUGAAAUGACGUUUUCCUCACUUGAAAGCCAUGAAGUGUAUCUGGGUAAAGGCUAGAGGCUUUGACAUUCAGGUUUGUAAGACUGGGAGGAAGUAUUGGGGGAAGAAGGAUGUAAAUGUUUAAUUUCCUGUCUUCCUUACUACUAUUCUUUAGACUUCAGAAAGACUGUACAGAAUAAAAUGACAACAUUCCUAAUA